UUUGUAUUUGUCACGCGUAGUGUCAAGUGUCAGCUGACAAGUCUCGUGAUAUCAGCUGGGUGUUGGGUGAGGUAGCUACAUUGUCUGCAUAUUCAAGUAAAAGACAGAAAUCAAAAUGUCAAACUUGAAAAGAAUCAAAGAUGAAGAGAAAGAGUCCAAAUUUGGAUACGUCUAUGCUGUAUCUGGACCUGUGGUGACGGCAGAGAAAAUGUCAGGCUCUGCUAUGUACGAGUUGGUGCGAGUCGGAUACUUCGAGCUGGUCGGGGAGAUCAUCCGUCUGGAAGGAGACAUGGCCACCAUUCAGGUGUACGAGGAAACAUCAGGAGUGACGGUAGGUGACCCGGUGCUGCGUACAGGCAAACCCCUCUCAGUAGAGCUUGGCCCGGGCAUCAUGGGUAGUAUCUUUGAUGGUAUCCAACGGCCGCUGAAGGACAUCAACGAGCUGUCACAGAGCAUCUACAUCCCCAAGGGUGUCAAUGUGCCUGCACUCUCACGCACUGCUUCGUGGGAGUUUGCUCCUCUCAACAUUAAGGUUGGAAGUCACAUCACCGGAGGAGAUAUUUACGGUAUCGUCCAUGAGAACACUCUGGUUAAACACAAGAUGCUGUUGCCUCCGCGUGCCAAGGGUACAGUGACGUACAUCGCGCCCCCGGGCAACUACAAGGUGGACGACGUCAUGCUGGAGACAGAGUUUGACGGGGAGAAGUCCAAGUUUACCAUGUUGCAAGUGUGGCCUGUGCGUCAACCCCGACCAGUCACUGAGAAGCUGCCAGCUAAUCAUCCCCUGCUGACAGGACAACGAGUCCUCGACUCGCUGUUCCCAUGCGUGCAAGGAGGUACUACUGCCAUCCCCGGUGCUUUUGGUUGUGGCAAAACUGUCAUUUCGCAGGCUCUGUCUAAGUAUUCCAACUCUGAUGUCAUCGUCUACGUCGGGUGUGGAGAGCGAGGAAAUGAAAUGUCUGAGGUAUUGCAAGACUUCCCCGAACUGUCAGUGGAGAUUGACGGUGUUACGGAGAGUAUCAUGAAGAGAACUGCAUUGGUCGCUAACACUUCCAACAUGCCUGUAGCUGCCCGAGAAGCUUCCAUUUACACAGGAAUCACUCUUUCUGAGUACUUCCGUGACAUGGGCUACAAUGUGUCCAUGAUGGCUGAUUCCACAUCUCGUUGGGCAGAGGCCUUGAGAGAAAUCUCAGGUCGUUUGGCUGAAAUGCCUGCCGACAGUGGCUACCCUGCUUACUUGGGUGCUCGACUGGCCUCCUUCUACGAGAGAGCUGGCAGAGUCAAGUGUCUGGGUAACCCGGACCGUGAAGGUUCCGUCAGUAUCGUAGGAGCCGUGUCUCCGCCUGGUGGUGACUUCUCAGACCCUGUCACCUCCGCCACUCUGGGUAUUGUCCAGGUCUUCUGGGGUCUCGACAAGAAACUGGCUCAGAGAAAACACUUUCCCUCCAUUAACUGGCUCAUUUCUUACAGUAAAUACAUGAGGGCCCUGGAUGACUUUUAUGACAAGAGCUUUCCCGAAUUUGUGCCCCUGCGAACAAAAGUAAAGGAAAUCUUGCAGGAGGAAGAAGACCUUUCAGAAAUUGUACAACUUGUGGGUAAAGCCUCUUUGGCCGAGUCUGACAAAAUAACUUUGGAAGUAGCACGUCUCCUCAAGGAAGAUUUCCUCCAACAAAACAGCUACUCGCCCUACGAUCGGUUCUGCCCCUUCUACAAGACAGUCGGCAUGCUUCGCAACAUGAUCGCCUUCUUCGACAUGUCGAGACAUGCAGUCGAGUCAACAGCUCAAAGUGAAAACAAGAUCACUUGGGCUGUGAUCAAGGACAGCAUGGGCAGCAUCCUGUACCAAUUGUCAUCCAUGAAGUUCAAGGACCCAGUGAAGGACGGAGAGGCCAAGAUUAAGGCAGACUUUGAACAGCUGUAUGAGGACAUCCAGCAAGCCUUCAGGAACCUAGAGGACUAAGUCCAACCACCUCCAACAAGGAGUAGAGGCCGGUGAGGGAGUAGAGGCCCACAAGAUAUAGCAUUCCACUGUCGUCAUCUGAUCAAGCUGUCCGACCGAUAUUAUUGUUUAAAAGGUUUAUUUUAGUUUUACGCAUUUAAAAUAAUAUACUCUGUAUAAAUUUUACAAGCUUUUUCUCCUUUUACAGUAUUAUUUGAGGUUUCUCAAAGCGUAAUAAAGUUUGUAGUUUGGGCUGUUAGUAUAUGCUUCUUAUUUUUAAUUUACAUUUUGUCUCGUUUUAUUUGCUUUUAUCGUUUUAUGUACAUUUUUCUUCUCGGGUUGCUUUGUAUUAACGCACAUAAUGUAUGUUUCACUGACGGUACAUUCCCCUCUCUGUAUGUGUGCGUCCCUUUCCUACUCGAUUCAAGCAAUAAGGUUCUAUCCGAUCGGUCUGGGUUAUUGUAGCUUGCCUAGGUACUUAUGAUAUUUUGUUGAAGCUGUAUCGGUUUUAUUGUUGUUGCGCCAUAUAUUGUAAGAUAAUAUCGAUGUUUUUACUCGUAUAUUGUGGUUUCGGUAACGACAAAUGUAUAUGUUUUAAAUUCUGUACAGCUUUUAAAGUGUUCAAAAUACAAUAAUUAGAAAUCAUUAGAUGACUUUAAUAUAUUUAUGUGUAAAAACUGUCGUAGCAUGCGUGUUUGUGUAAACCCGGGGAUUGUUUGAGGUUUUGCGAUCCGGGAUUGUUGGGGGUCGACUCAAACACUAAAAGAUUAUAUUUAUUUUCAAAAACUAUUUUAAAAUUGUUAAGUUUGUUUAUAAUUACAUGAUUAUAUUAUGAUGUAUAAAACAUUCCUCACUAGAAAUGUUUAUCAAGCUGUUAUCUUAUGUUAGUUCUACUACAGUGUUUAUGUAGUUAAGAAACCCAUGUAAAUGAACAUUAGGAAAUAAAAAAGUAGCAGAAAA